AUGUUACGAAUAUUACUAAUUAUUAUAUACUUAUCAUAUUAUCAAACUGAAAGUGUUCAAAUUGAAUAUCCAGCUAAUCAACAUAUUGUAGAACGAAUACGUACGGAUAUUAAUUCAAUUGAUCCAAUUUUUCGAUAUUAUAUUAUUCCACGAGAAAUUCAAUUUCAUGCUGAUGCAUUAAAAGAUCGAUUACCAUUUUUUUUAAAAUGUAAAGGAUCGAAAAAUUCAAUAAAUUUUACUGUUCCAACAACAGCAAUAGAUCAUUUGUCACUUAAUAUGAAUUAUGAUUCUUAUACCAUCACUGCUACAUUAAGAAGAAAUCAACUUCGUCCAGAACUUGUUGGACGUUAUACAUGUUUAGAAAUAAUUAAUGAUAAACGAUCUGAAACAUCUGCUCAUGUAUUUAUUCAAGAUGGAACUUCUGUAUUUACUAAAACACUUUAUCCGAAAGUUUUUCAACACACAGGUAUUCAUUUUUUUAAUUUACCAUGUCAAGCAACAAGUUGGUAUCCACGAAUGUCAUGUCCAAUGUCAACCGAUUCAAGACGAUGUAAAUUACGUGAAUGUAAUUCAAAAGAACGUCAAGUUAAUGAACUUAAAUGUAAUACACCUAUAUGUGAUGGACAAGAUAUAUGUAUUCCUGUUUAUUAUACACCAUCCGAUUUACAAUCAUCGAAAGUAUUUUUUGAUCCACAAAUUGGUUUUGCAUUAGAAAAUCCAACAAUACCAAAAACAUUAACUGAAUUUAUUUGUAAGAGUGAUUAUGCACCAAAUCAAAUAUCAAAAAUUCCAUUUGAUUCAUUCGAUCCUGAUUAUGUUCAAAUACAUCAACCAAGUUUAAGUAUAGUGCCUGAUGAAAUCUUAAGAUUAAAUUGUGAAAUUCAAUAUGGAACAAAAGUUGGUCGAAAAAAACCAAAUAUUUUUUGGUUUGAAGAUAUUCAUAAUCUUAAUCUCAUAGCAAAUGAAACUGAAAAACCUUCAUUUAAUGUUUUUACACAAAUUUAUAGUCAAAAUAGUUCAAUAACACUUCGUGGUUUUAAACUAAAUCAAACUUAUCGAUUUUAUUGUGUACGUGUAUCUGAACAAGGAGUUUACUCACGUUCUGUUGAUAUUACAUGUGUUGAUAAACCAUCACUUGAUCUUGAAAUUACUUCACCUGUAUCAGAUACUCCUGAUGAAGUAUCUUAUGGUUCACAUAGUAGUUAUGAAAUAAGUAUUUUUACCGUUCCACGUUCAAAGAUUCUAAUUGAAAUAACACGUAAUGGAUUAUCAUUAGCAAAUGAUAAACGAUUUGAAUUAAAACUUGCAUCUGAUAAUGAAAAUCAAUAUUAUGAAUAUACAUUAACUAUUUAUAAUAUUACAUUCGAAGAUGAAACAGAUAUAAAAAUUACUGCAAAAUCUUCUGCAUCAGAAAAAACUAAAAUUAUUAAACCAAAUGUAACUGGUAAUCCUGUUGGUCAAUUUUCUUUUAUAUCAAAUGAUAUUCCACGUAUAAUUCCAUGGCGUGAUGAAUAUGAAAAAAAUAAAUUAAAUAUUUAUUCAUAUGGUAUAUAUGAACGCGAAUCAUAUCGUAUUGUUUGUACAGUUCGUCAUCGUGCUGAUAUAGCACGACCAUUAAAUGUAUUUAUUCAUGAUAUUCAAUGUUCAAUAGAAAAUUGUUUAUCAGAUAUUAUUGAUAGAACAUGUAAAUCAUCAUCUAAUCCACGUUUAUUACUGACAAAAGCAAAUCGUAUAAAUAAUUUUCAAACAGAAUUUGUUAGUAUUGAAUCACAAAUUAUUGAUAAUCCAUCAAUUGGUCAUCAAUAUAUUUGUUGUUAUGAACAAAAUGGAUUAAUUAUGCUUGCAAAAUCAUUAACAGCAUUAGCACGUAAUCGUAAUAUGUUUACUGUACGUAAACCAGAAUUUAGUUUAGUUACUGGAGAUACUUUAACAUAUAGAUGUGAAAGUCAUGAUUUGAUUUAUGAUGAUCUUCGAAUAAUUUAUGAUGACGGUUUAUUUACAUAUAAAAGAAAUCGUUUUGAUGCUGAAUGGCGUUCAUUGGAAACUAAUCAACCGAAACAAACUGAUAUUAAAUGGUUAACACCAACAAGUGAACAUAUUCGAGAUACAAUUAUUGAAGUAGAAACAUCACCAUUAAGAAAAAUUGGUAAAAAUGGUUUUCUUCAAUGUAUGGCUUCAUCUAAACGACCGGAUGUUGUUCCGAAUAUAAAUGAUACAUAUAUAAUUCAUGUAGAUGAUCCUGUACCAUUAAGAUUUAAAAAUAAUUUACAAACAGUUGAAAAAAUUGAACGAAAAGCAGGUACUAAUGUUGAAUUUGAUUGUUUAUAUGAUGGACGACCACAACCAAAAAUUAAGUGGUUGAAAGGAAAAUUACCAUUAUCAAAUGAUGAUUCAACAUUACAAAUUCGUGAUAAUAAUGGAAGUAUUCAUAUUACUCGUGUUCAAGCUUCUGACACUGGUUAUUAUACAUGUGAAUUAACUAAUGGUCGUGAUUCGUCUUUACGUCGAAGUUUUGAUUUACGUGUUAAAACUCCAUAUUUACAUUCAAGGUUUCGUCGAUUCAUAGCCAUAUUUAUAAUAUUAUCUGCUUGUUUAAUACUUAUUCUACUUAUUUUACUUAUCAUUCUAGCUGUAAAAUAUUUUAAAAUGAAAAAAAUUGUUGAUACAAGUAUAUUUCAUGCGCAACAACCAGAUGAACCUGAAGAUAAAUCUCAACCACCCAUGACACAAUUAACACGUAUACGAUUACCAGAUAAUUUUGCAUCAACACAACAAGUUCGUACCUUACUUGGUUAUGUUAAUGGUGAUAUAACACCUGUAGUAAAAGAUGAUUUCAAAGAACUUGGUCAUGGUCAAUAUGGUAUUGUUUAUCAAGUACGCUUACCAGAAGUUGGUCUUGUUGCUGCAAAAUUAUUACCAGAAUCUAUACGUAAUAUUGAACGUCGUCGUGAUAAACGUAAAAAAGGUGAUGAUAGUGAAGAAAGUCAAGAAAUGAUUUCAAAAAAACAUGAAUUACAAAAGAAAAAAGCAGCUGAAAUGUUAAUUGAUGAAAUUAAAGUUAUGUAUAAAGCUGGUAAACAUGUUAAUAUUGUUUCAUUACUUAAAGUUGCAUAUCCAGAAACAAAAUUUAAAUAUUUAAUAACAGGUGGACUUAUACGUGAUGAAGAUUCAUUUUAUUUAAUGGAAUUAUGUUCAAAUGGUUCACUUGAAUCAAUGGUUAAACGUUUUCUUCAACCAUCAUCAAAUAUAUCAAAUAAAAAAUUAUCAUUAUAUGAAGCACUUGCUAAACAAAACGGACCAGGAAUGACUAUUACACAAGCACAUGAUUCAUGUAUAUUAACAGAUGAUGAUUUAAUAUUAGCUGCAUAUCAAGUUGCUUGUGGUGUUGAUUAUUUAAAUAGAAAACAAAUAGCUCAUUGUGAUAUUGCUGCAAGAAAUGUUUUAGUUAGUGCAAGAUUUAUUAUGAAAAUAUGUGAUUUUGGUUUGGCAACAUGGACAACAUAUAAAAAUUAUCGUGAACAACUUGCACAAAAUGAUAGUGUACAACUUCAAAAGAAAAAUAAUGAAUUAGCAACACAUAAUUUAACACCAGAACUUGCUCGAGCUAUUUUACGUGCAUCAACUCCUGAUGAACGUAUUUUACUUAAUAAAUCAUCAAUAAAAUCUGAUGUAUGGUCAUUUGGAAUAUUUCUUUGGACAUUAUUUCUUAAAUGUCGAAUUCGACCAUUUAAUAAACUUUUGGAAGAAAUGGAAAAUAAAUCUGAUGGUGAAACAUUUUUUCAUCGACUUGCUCGUGUUGUUAGUGAAGGUCGUGUUUUAAAAUAUCUUGAUUAUCAACCAGAAAUUCCACGUAAAAUUUAUGCUAUUAUUCGAGAAUGUCUAGUUGAUGAAAAUCGUCGACCAGAAAUGAUACGAAUUCGUGCUCUUUUAUGUCAUUCAAAGAUGUUAUCAAAACAAGCUUUUGAAUAUUAUCGAACUGAAUAUAAUCGUUAUCAAGAAGAAAAUGCUACAGAUGAGAAUGUUUUUCUUUUUGGUGACGAUCAAGGUGUAAGUGAAUUACCAACAUUUGAUGAUGAUAAUAAUAUUCCAUUUAAUUCUUCUCAUAAUGAUGAUGUUACAUAUCGUUCAACAUCAACAACUGAUUAUUAUCCAACAGCAAGUGAUAAUACAUCUCAUACAUAUUUAUCUCAAUCAGAUAAAGAUUAUGCUGAACAAAGAAAUGACUCAUAUUUAACACCAAUAAAACCAAAUACAAAUAAUCAACAACGAACAAUUGCUGCUAAUUUGUCUGAUAAAUUGAUACCAUUAAAUCAACCAAAUAAGAAUACUCCAACACAUUCAACAACUGAAUCAAAUAUUCCUUAUGUUAUUCCUAAAAAUCGUGCACCAUUUAGGCCACCUCCACCAAUUCCAUCAUCAAAACGUAGUGGUGAAGGUGGUGAUAGUUAUGUAUAA